AUGCUGUCCUGGAUCUACCCAUUGCGAAUCGUGCAGGCUAUCCUGUCCCUAGCCACAAUUGGUCUUACUGCAUAUGAAAUCGCCUCUCUGUACGACAAAUGGUCCUACUCAAAUGUAGUCUACUACAUGCUCUUCAACGGCUGCUGGACAACAGCCAUCGCAGUCCCAUACUUGGGCCUCGCACCCCUACGCUUCCCUCGCUUCUCACAUGAGAUCGCCAUUCCUCUCAUCGAGCUGCUCACCGGUGGCCUCUGGCUCAGCGGCUGGAUCGCCUUGGCUGUCAUGAUUCCUUCGCCUGGCGCAUGUCACUACGCCAGCUGUCACGCCCUCCAGGCCUUGAUUGUCGUCGGGGCUAUCCAAUGGGCUACUUUCGUUGUUACAAACACCUUCGCCAUCCUAGACCUGAAGAACUCACGCCGCAACGCGAAGAACCACCGCGACGAUGCUGCCCCCGAGAUGACUAGUGUUGAUGCUAAUCCUACUGGCAAUACGACCACUCCCGCCACCGCCGAUGCCGCUGUCUAG